AUGGAUAUGAAUCGUGGAUAUCCAUUUCCCGGAGAGGUGCUGGAGCGAAGACACUCUGAUACGUGCAUCCCGCAGCAACCACCGAUGAACAUGCCGAUCACUCCUAAACAACCUCAUACCGCCGAAUACACACACCCUCACUUCGCCAUGAUAUACCUUGACCAUAACGGUCAAUGGCAACUACAAGCCUCACCCUCAAUUGCAGGCUGUGAAGGCGCAAUCUUCACACCUGAUGUUACAGACCGAUUCAUAGAAAUGACUGGCCAAGCCCCACAGGCCAGCCCGCAGUUCACAAACCCAACCCAAGCCCCCCACUCCCCUUGGGACGAGCAACCAUCUUCGGGAUGGGGCUCCAAUCAGGCGAGACAGGCCGAGAUGAUUCCGUUCCAAUGGUCAUCACAGCAAAGCCGAAAAAAGUCAAAGCGUGCCGGCGGUGUGUCCAGGUCUCGACCUAAAUCUAGCUCGCCGCCACCUACCACACCUCCACCCGGGCGGACUGUCCUUCGUGUCGGUAACCGAGCGCUGCUGCGACGGUACUACGAGAAGGCAUUCGAGGAUUUCCAACAGCUCAACUGCCGCGCUAUUGCAAAAUCUUAUAUUAAGCUUGUCGAGCCUAGGAAGCAGGUCCAUUAUCCGUACAACGGACGCAGGGUUAUUGCCGGUGUCUCACAGCGUGUUGACCCGGAGUUUACCAAGCCUGCGUGGUGGCCCGCUGGUGUCUUACACAAAGAGCCUGAUCAUCUGCUCAAGCCUGACCGACUGCGACUUCUUGUUCAUAUCCUCUGCGAACUGAAGGAUACCCACGGAGUCACAACAGACAAACUGCGAGAUGCUGGCCAAGACGUAAGACGCCAGAUUACCCCUGCCCACAGGCUGCAGGUCCUAGACGAGAUCUACUUCGUGCGACAAAUGGAAGAACAGUUCCUGGAUGGUGAAAUCGACGCCAGCACUUUGAUUCAGGUCACACAAACACAUCUACCAGAAGCAAUCUUCCAAGACGGCGAUGAACUAUCAUCCCGUGCACACGCAGCACCGGUAAUAGCGCCCAUGAUCGAGGCCAAACAUGACAUGCACGAUGCAGGUGAUAACCCCGGCAUUUCCACGCUGGAAGAAGAUGACUCAAAGCUACAGCACUCGCAUGGUCUGCCCCUCUCACCCACCACUAGCGAGUCAAGUGGUCCACACAGCCCAACAGGCAGCUUCGGCUACCCAAUGGGCAUAGCACCAUCAGUGCAUGUAAUACCCCCUCUCGAGUCCCAAAAUGUCACAAAAUCUAUGCAUCCAGACCCGAGUUAUCUGUCUGGGUACUACUCGCAGCCGUUUGUGUCAGAGAAAGGGCCCGGGUUCUGGCCACAUGCCAGCUCUGCGUCGCAAUUUGGAUAUUGA